GUGAAGAUUGCGGCAACUAAUCGCCUCAUCAUGGGAUGAUACGACCCUAGAUGAAUACCAUUGCUAUCACCAUGCUCGGGACGCACUCCCUGUACUUUGGUAAAAGUGACGACAUGGAAUUCUAACCGAGCCAGAUCUUUCGGACCGCACCGAGAUCUGGCAUGGAAGAUCGAGUCAUGUAGACCCCUACGGUGAAUAACUAUUAUGUAUUGAUAUGGAUAUGUUCCAAUUUCUCUUGUUGUAUGGUUAGCCUCAUUUCGAGUUGCAUGUAUGCAAUCUUCGGACAGAAUAUAUAUUGUCACAAUGUCCUUGUGUCUACCGACACAGAUUCAACGCACUCGAUCCUAGUAGCGGCUCUGUAAUUUUCUCCGGACACUUUACACGGAAUACAUCGAGCAUUUCGAAUUCCAUUCCGGACUGAAUAUCUACAGCCAAAAUGGUUCAGAAGCUACCAGUGCUGUUGGCAGUGCCCACGCUGGUUGCGGCGCUGAACAACUCCAUUGUAUCGAUACCAGACAGCCUCACCUAUUACAUCCCAGCGGACAAUUUCACGACUGAAAUCACUGGGGAGUGGGCGAACAGUACGACGACUACCAACUCCACCGUCAACUCGCUAUUCGAAUCAGCCAAGGAUGCGACUUUCAUCUCCUAUAGCGACGAGUUCCUGUCCAUCAUCGGCGAGGAUCCGUCUAUUACCAGCAUCCUGUGUCCAGGAGAAGAUGACAACUGUGCGUUUGAAGCAGGAGUUUACAUCCCGGAUGCCGACGAGGUCUGGUUCACGCCUAGCCCGUACGGGUGGCCGGACCUGGAGGAGGGUAUCUUCGCAUUCAGCCUCCAGAACAACUCGGCGAGGAAGCUGGACACGACCGAGCCCAUAUACGGCAACGGCGCCUACCUGUUCGACGACAAGGUAUGGUUCGCAUCCAGCCAGCCGAACGGCGGGAUACCGAGCAGCAUCUUCUCGGUAGACGUUGCGUCGCCCCACAACGUCGAACCCGUGCUCAACUCGUAUUUCGGCAUCCCGUUCCCUACCUUGGAUGAGCCGGUAUGGGUCACCCACGGAGACGACAGAUACAUGCUGUUCACCGGCGUGAGCUUCGAUCACUUCUUGACCGGCUACCCCACCGGCCCCAUGCCCAACGCCGUCUGGCGUUUCGACCCGCAGACGGGGACCCUCCAGCCUGUCAUUGACCGGAGCGCCAUCAACACCGCCAACGGUAUUCGUGUAUCCCCCGACCACAAGACGCUAUACGUCACCAACUCGGAAACGCUAUCCCAGUCCGGCGGCGGCGAGGGCAACAACGCCAGCACCGCGGUCCCCGGCAUUUACAAGUUCGAGCUUGACGACGAAGCCUAUCCCAUCAACGGAAGACUAUGGGGCCUGGCAAGGACGAACAUUGCGGACGGGCUCCAUGUGGACGACCAGGGCAGAGUUUGGACUGGCGAAGGAGGCGGCAUCGUCGUGAGGAACUCCAAGGGCAAGGUCCUCGGCGAGAUUAAUGCGCUGGCGCUGGCAAGCGCAGCGGUCGUUGGACCCAUCGCCAACUUUGCUUUGGCCGGUAACAAACUGGCAAUCGGAGCAUUCGAUCGAGUUGUGGUCAUCACGCUGAACGAGACUUUGAUUGGAAGCAGCAGUACCAUCGUCAAUUGAUAGAAUGUAGCUGGCGAGGACAUCUGGAGUUAUCGUCCAUUUUGAAUAGAAAUGAAGUCAUGAACCCACCAGUCCAAUAACCUCUUCUUUUGUGGUCGGGAGAAACUUGAAAUCAGAAUCGUGCACGAUAACUGUCACAACCAGAUUAUCAUGAAAUGUUGAUCUGGAAGGAAUGAUACGUGGUCAGUGGAUAUGCUAAACAAUGAAAAAUAGUUCUCCACAGUUUAUACGUUCCUAUAUCCAAUGAACUGCCGUCCGGGCCAAGGCUGCUGCGCUUGAUGUGCAGAAGCCAUGCAGUCGUCCGAUAUCCUUCCAGACGAAACAUAAAUUGACCACCCGUCCCAACAAUCUUUGUAGUAUGCACAUGAUUUGCAUCUGAGGUUUUUGUAUCGACCUGUG